AUGAGUGCUGUAGCCGGAUCACACAAGAAUAACGAACUCCUGGAAUUCGAAAGAGCCCGUUCGUCCACUCCUGCUCCUGAAGAAUAUGACGACGUCAGAAUCGCUGGCUAUGAGCCCCUGGUUUCUCCUGCUCUUCUUCAGCAGGAGGUGCCUCCAACAAAAGCGUCUCUUGCUGCCGUUAUCAAGGGAAGAAAAGCGGCCAGCGCUGUGGUGAAACAGCAGGACGACCGUCUGCUGGUUGUUGUUGGGCCUUGCUCCCUCCAUGACCCGGUCGCCGCCAUGGACUACUGCAGACGUUUGAAGAAACUGUCUGAUGAGCUUUCUGGGGAACUGGUAGUGAUUAUGCGUGCUUACCUUGAAAAGCCUCGUACCACUGUGGGAUGGAAAGGACUGAUCAACGAUCCAGACCUUGACACGACCUUCAACAUCAACAAGGGUCUCAAGAUCUCCAGAAAGCUGUUUGUGGAGCUAACCAACGAGGGAAUGCCUAUUGGUUCUGAGAUGCUCGACACAAUCUCUCCGCAAUUCCUCGCUGACCUCCUGUCCUUUGGCGCUAUUGGCGCCCGUACCACGGAGUCGCAGCUCCACAGAGAGCUGGCUUCCGGAUUGUCCUUCCCUAUUGGUUUCAAGAAUGGUACCGACGGGUCUUUGGAUGUGGCAAUCGACGCUAUCCAGGCCGCUGCAUCUCCUCACCAUUUUAUGGGUGUCACUAAGCAUGGUCUCGCUGCCAUCACCACUACUAAGGGAAACGAUAACUGCUUUAUUAUUUUGAGAGGUGGCAAGAAGGGCACCAAUUACGACGAGGCAUCUGUUGCCGAAGCCAAGUCCAAGCUCCCUCCAGGAGGAGUUUUGAUGGUGGAUUGCUCUCACGGAAAUUCCAACAAGGACUACAGAAACCAGCCAAAGGUGUCGAAGGAGGUGGCCAGACAGAUCGCCAAGGGUGAGGAUAAAAUCAUCGGGGUUAUGAUCGAGUCUCACAUCAACGAGGGCAAACAGUCGAUUCCUAAGGACAAGUCUGAACUCAAAUACGGUGUCUCUGUCACGGACGGCUGCGUGUCGUGGGAGACUACCGUGGAAAUGCUCACAGAGCUGGCCGAGGCCGUUAAGAUUCGCCGGACCCUAAAAUAG